AUGGCUGAUAUGGUGAUGGGCUCUAUCACGGGCGACAGAUCUAUACAGCUUAGCCCCGCCGAGAGGUCAGCGCCUCUCGGCGCGGUCGCGAAAGACAGCGAGCAUCGCGCGUUGGUCGCGAUCGUGCAAGCCCUGUGUGGAUCUCCCAGUGGGUCGGCCAGUGGCGGGGCCGGUUUCGCGCGACGCGCCGCGGCGAUAUCUUGUUGCCACGUUGCCACAGAUGCCACGCUCUGCGGUCGCUCUCGCAACCGCGGUGUCACCGACACCGGUGUGCUCGGUUUCCACACCGGCCGUGACGGGCGGCCGUCUAAGUCA